CUCCAUCUUUGAGCUCUUCCAAAAUCGAAAACCUGGGUCUUCUUCGCCGCACCCAAUUCUUGAAGAAGCGGCAAAGAUGAAUAGAUCUAUGAAAGUUGAGGAAGGGUUAAUGAUUAUAGACGAGGCAAUUCAGAAAGUAAAGAAGAUUGUGGAAGGAUUUCCAGAGACCAAGUUCACCACAGAAGAAUAUAUGAAGUACCAUGCAUGUGUUUAUAUUAUGUGUGAUAAGCCUUUGGCUGGAAAUGAGGCAUUGCUAUAUGGAAAAUUUAAGAAGGGCUUGGAAGACAUCAUCAUCUCCUCGGUACUCCCCUCAUUGGUAGCCAAAGAAAACGAGUUUCUGUUGAAGGAGUUUGUACACAUGUGGUCAAAUUACAAGAUAAUGGUGAGGUGGCUAUGUAGAUUCUUUGAAUACCUUGACCGCUAUUAUAUCCCCCGUCAUGGUCUUGUCUCAUUGACUGAAGCCUCAAUUGAUUGCUUUUGUAAUCUGGUCUUCAGUGGGUUGGCUAACAGAAUUCAGUUAGCUGCAACGUCUCUGAUUAAUCAAGAGCGUUAUGGACAGCUGAUUGAUGGAAAGCUGCUUCAAGAUGUCAUGGGUAUCUUUAUGGAAAUCGGUCAAAAUGGAUCGCCAUCAUACUAUGAAACCAUUGAGCGGGCUAUGCUGGGAGAAACUGCCAAUUUCUAUUCCCGAUUAUCUUCAGAGUUGCUUUUGUGUGAUUCAUUGACCGAUUAUAUCCAGAAGGUGAACUGGUGCAUUUUGCAGGAGAAAGAAAGAGCUGACCACUAUCUACAUCCCACAUCUGUGGUUAAAUUAUUACAGGUUGUGCGCUUCCAGUUGCUGGAUCUGAAUGCAAAUAAAUUGCUUGAGAAGCAGAAGUCUGAAAACUGCAGUCAACUGGAUUAUCAGGAGAUAUUGUCCAAGUGUGCCUGCUUAAAUUUCGGAGAGGACAGCUCUACAUCUACACUGGUGGAAAGUCUAUGUUCUUCAAUGGCACAAUCAGCUCAUAUUCAUUAAUUUUACCCAGAUUUUCUAAGAAAAAUUCACUUCCGUUUAUAUUUUGGGCAGAGAUCAAAUGACCCUGAUUCAU